UUCGUACUCGGCAGUCGGGCCGACACGUCUCGAGAACAAAGAUUCCAUUUUUUUUUUCCUUCUCCGCAGUUCUCCAUGGCAUGAGAUCCACACGCACACGCACACGCUCCCCGCUCGCUUUGACGAACAUGCAUCAUGGAUUAGCUUCGCCUCCGAAACCCCGAGCCUGUCGCUGCUCGCACCUCGCUUCCACCGCCGACUUUCUUCCUUGCCCUUCUUCUCAUCCCCAUCUCCAAGCCCGACCGGAUCGAUUCUUUCGUCACGGGCACGGCCAUGGGCGUGCCCUUGGCCCGCUCGUGUCCGCUCCGCAGUCGUUUGUUUGGCCGGGGGAGCGGAGCCGGAAGAAGGGUCGGCGGCCGAAUGCGCGCGGCACCCUCUUGAGGGCGAGCCGAAGAGAGUCUCCGUACGAAGUUCUGGAGGUUUCUCCUUCCGCGACUCCCGAUGAAAUCAAGAGGGCUUAUCGGAAGCUCGCUUUGAAGUAUCACCCUGAUGUCAACAAGGAGAAUAUUCCUAGCUGCAUAGCUUUCCUAGCUAUAUCCUUACAAGAUCUUUGUUGCAAUAGCAGCCUCUCUGAAGAAAAACAGACGAAGAAGCCCACUCAAGCAAAUGCACAGGAGAAGUUCAUGAGGAUUAAACAUGCAUACAAUACUCUCCUUAAUUCUCGUGAUUCGGAUUCCAAGAGGAGAUACAACACUGGAAAUCGUGCAUCUGGGUUUUCGUACUCCACUGAGGAUAGCAGCACCCUAGAUGAAGAAUUCUAUGGACUUGGUAACUUUUUCAGGGAUGUUCAGAUAACAAUAGAGGAUUUCUUCAGAGAUCUACAAGAAGAAUUUAGUAACUGGGAUGCAAGUGCGUCUUCACAAGGAAAGCCGAAGAGCUUGUGGGAGGAAUUGGCGGAAAUUGGUGAAGAAUUUGUGGAGUUUCUAGAGAAGGAGCUAAACAUAACCGAUUCAGAGGUGGAAGCAAAUCAAUAUGAUGAUGGGUCGCGAAAAAGUUCCGGGACGGAAGGUACGCAUAAUGCUAGUGAAAAUGAAGCUAGCAAGGGAAGCAGCAUCGAGGAAAAUAUUGAUGAGAUAGAAGCUACUCUAGCUCAGUUGAAAAAGGAAUUAGGCCUGUAAUCGAUUCAUGAUAAUUUUGUGCCGCAUAUUUUAUUCCGUUACUCAUGUUGUGUUUGUAUAGAUAUGAUAUGUUGUGAUACAUGUGGCUACAAUAAUCUUGAAAUUGACAAAGGUCAGCGAUGAAGGCAAAGAGAGGACUAGGAGAUUAAGAGCAAGUCCUGCAGGAUCAUUGAAUAAUAGGUACAACUCUGAUGAAAUUUUGGAGCUCAAA